ACGAGUCAUCCCCAAGUUCGUCUAGGAGUCAUCUUCACGGACCAGGCUACUACUCAAGCUCAACGACAUGCAGUAUCCCCGAACUCUGGCGCACCCUCGGGAAUAUCAAGCGCAAACGCUUAGAAGCCGAGGAACGCUUGAAGAGAGCAAAACAAGACAGUCAGUUGAGGUUUCGCUUGUUACGACAGGAUGUGGAGCAGUUUCUUCUAGCAGAAAACGAUGAAGAAAGCCAAGCAAAGUCUACAUCUAGUAUCGAAGAUGAACCACAGACGCCAUUUGCACGGGAAGAACACCGAAUCGCUGCAGACGAAGCCAGGCUGCGGGCUGAGAAGAGUGAGUUUCUAGCGCAGAUGCAGGAGUUGGAGAGUAUGUGUAUUCGGAGAAGCGCUGCUACGGUAAGCGGCACAAGUAGUACUGCUCAACAGACGAGAGUCUGCUCGAGAAGUACAAGGCUAGAUGAUCAGCAUGUUCAAGGUACCUCUACGUCUGCAUCUAUUUCGUCAGGAAGAGGACAUCGAACACUGCCAAAGCAAGGUAGAAUUACUAGUACUACGACUAGAACUACAGAAGACCAUAGAGCACGUAAGAGCAAUAAUAAAUACUCCACUCCUACUAGCACGCUACCAUUGACAGCAUGUGCUCCCCCUCAACAGCUCCCACUACCAGGCUCGCAAAGACAAAGUCUCGCCAUAGUAAACCAAAAGAGCAGCACCACUAGAACAAGUACUACUGAGCACGUCGUCGUCAAUCUCAUGUCAGACUGCACGCCAUCUAUGCCUUCGUCGUUGAGGCCAGCCGAGUAUAACUAUAAUCAGCUGAUGAAGAAACAGAAAGGGAGUAACAACAUCAAAGGCAAGAAUGCACUCGGUGAUAACCCGCCACCGCGAGGAAAAUCUGAUGGUACUACCCAAGUAGUUGUACCACAAAAGAGAAUAGAGCCUGUUCUUGUACGUACUAUUCGCGGACGCGGACAAACUGCAACUGAAAGAACGAAUAAGACGAUGAAAAAAGCAAUAGGUUCCCAGCUACUUCAGGAAAAGAAGAACAGCGAAAGCCAACUGAGGAAAGCUCAAACUGUUGUAAAACAAUCGAUAUCUACUUCUUCGGUAUCUUCCGCUUAUCGACCAGACGACCCGUUUGAGCCUCCUGACGAGCGCUUUCAACCGAACAAAGUUGUACCGCGUCCACCUGUUAUUGCACUGUCGUUAGAAGAAGAGGGAGAAAGUGAUGAACACAGAAGUGAAAAAAGUGAAGUUCAUCACGGACGACAGCGAGGUGGGCAACUACAACAUGUCGAGGUGGACCUGUUCGGCAAGGGGACAAGCGCAAGCGAGACCGAAAAUGUAGUUGUGGCGAGCAGGCCCCAACGUACUACAACUACGCUAAAGCAGAUGACGGAUUUCGAUAAGUACGUUCUAGAAGCUGAAGGAUCUGCGGUUGUUCCUGCUCUUUAUCAAGCACCCUUAGUCCUGCAUACACCCGUUGGAGACGGAGGUCCUUCACCCGCAAAAACAUCGCCAGCUUCUACCGUAUUAGAUUGCGCGGUUGGACAAGGAAAUGGGCCAAGUAGUCACAGAGGUCAAGCGCAGGAACAUGACACUUCCUGCAACGCGAUUACAGUACUGCACUCACCAGCACUUUCGGUGGGGACACAGACGUCGCCGUUGAGAGCACGGAGGCUGUUGAUGCAUGAGGAUCACAAGGCAGGAGCUUCGGAGCAAGGGAGUAGAGGUGAUGAGCAGGUGGGAGUCCCUAAAGAGCAGCAGCAGAGGCAGGUGUUAGAGUUGCAGGAAAAUGACAUAAAAAACACAAGUAAGGUAAGCAGACGCCAUGAUGGUCUUCAAGAGGUAUCAAACGUCAACCAGGCUGAACCUCGUCUAGCGCACAGCAAGUCUCUUCUUUCGCCAGAACUUCAAGAUGCACCAGUCAUUUCACGACCACCCGUUCUUGUUGUGGGGACUAGUACGAACAUAACUAACACAGCCACUUCUGCCUCCACAACCACAACAUCUCCAAAAAAGAAGGCGACUUACGCGGUUCAUCGUCGGAUGCUUGCCCUUGCCACAUCAGGGACAAGCCAAAAACAACAACAAGGGCGGGAGCAGGAAGAACAUCACGGGGCGCGGAGGGUAAACGUAAAUGGAGUGUCGACAUCGUUCUCGGCACGUGCACAUCAGCAUAGCGACGAUAAACAUAGGCCUACUUGUUCUGGUGCCACCUCAUCAACAAUUACAGAUACAACGCGUCCCCUAGCACUGCCACAUCAACAAGGAAAGCCGACAAGACUCCUUUCUCCGUUCCAACAAGUAAGAAGUAGAGGUACCCGAGGAGGGGGUCUAGGCCCAGGGAAGCUAGUAGUGCAACAGAGCGAAAGCAAUUAUGUGAAGCGCAUGGAAUUGAGAGCGCGAAAAUUUAUCUCCGCUAUAGGCUAACGAGAUCGUUAGGAACGUAAAAGUGUUAAGGAACGGAGUGGGGGGGAGUGAAUAGGAAUGUUGAUUGAAAAGCAAUACUGGAAAGCCAAAGUUCUUUAUCCUGAUGUAAUCCCGUACCCGUACAACAUUGACGUUUUCUUCGCAAUCAUCUUGUACAGAAAAAUCAAAUACAAACUUUUCUUUUCCAGGUGCUCGUGCUUUAUCAGCACAGCAAGUGACUCUUCUUUUCAAUUCUGCAACUGUUACGCAAUUCAAAUUCUUUUCCCUGUUUCUCUUGUGAUGAAGAUGAUUGCACAGUGAACAGUCACGGGCCGUGCCGGAGUGUAAGCAUACAAACAACAAUCGAAUGAAAGACCCGCGUCCGUCCUCGCGAUGGAAAUUGUUGACAAUAUCGGUAUGAUCUCAAAAAAUGUUGUGUGCGCAGAACAGAAGACACUGACAGAAAUUGUUGUAGA